ACAGCCUCUGCUCACUCCUCCCUGUCCUCUCCCUCCGUCCCUCUGUCCCUCCACUUUCCCUACACCAUGGGACCUGCCUCAGGUUCCAGCCUGCUGCUUCUCCUGCUGACCAGCCUCCCCCUGGCCCUGGGGGAUCCUCUGUACUCCAUCAUCACCCCCAACGUCUUGCGGCUGGAGAACGAGGAGACGGUGGUGCUGGAGGCCCACGAGGUGCAAGGAAACAUUCCUGUCACUGUCACCAUCCAUGACUUCCCCGCCAAGAAGCAGGUGCUGUCCAGAGAGAACACUGUGCUGACCAAUGCCAACGGCCAUCUGGCCACCGUUACCAUCAAGGUCCCGGCCAACAAAGAGCUCCAGUCAGAGAAGGGGAAAAGGUUCGUGAUUGUCCAGGCGGCCUUCGGUGACACCCAGGUGACGAAAGUGGUGCUGGUGAGCAUUCGGACUGGGUACCUCUUCAUCCAGACGGACAAGACCAUCUACAACACCCGGGCUCCAACAGUCCGCUACCGGGUCUUCUCCGUGGACCAAAACCUGCUGCCCGUCGGCCGGACCGUCGUCGUCAGCAUCGAGACCCCUGAAGGCGUUCUCAUUAAGCGGGACUCCCUUACUUCCCAAAACCAGUUAGGCAUCUUGCCCUUGUCUUGGAACAUUCCGGAGCUGGUCAACAUGGGGCAGUGGAAAAUCCUAGCCCACUACGAAGAUUCGCCGCAGCAGGUCUUCUCCUCCGAGUUUGAGGUGAAGGAGUACGUGCUGCCCAGCUUCGAGGUCAAGGUGGAGCCCGCGGAGAAAUUCUACUACAUCGACGACCCCGAGGGCCUGGUGGUGCACAUCACGGCCACGUUCUUAUACGGCAAGAACGUGGAUGGAACAGCCUUCGUCAUCUUCGGCGUGCAGGAUGGCGACCAGAGGAUUUCACUGUCCCAGUCCCUCACCCGCGUUGUGAUUGAGGAUGGCAGCGGGGAGGCCCAGCUGCGCCGGCAGGUCCUUCUGGAUGGGGUGCAGCCCUCCCGAGCAGACGCCCUGGUUGGGAAGUCCUUGUACGUGUCUGUCACGGUCAUCCUGCACUCAGGCAGCGACAUGGUGGAGGCGGAGCGCAGCGGGAUCCCCAUCGUGACCUCCCCUUACCAGAUCCACUUCACCAAGACGCCCAAGUUCUUCAAACCAGCCAUGCCCUUCGACCUCAUGGUGUUCGUGACGAACCCCGACGGCUCUCCGGCACGCCACGUCCGCGUGGCGGCCCAGGUAGUGGGAGAAGACGAGGUGGAGUCUUUAACCCAGGAUGACGGCGUGGCCAAGUUGACAGUUAACACCCCCAAAAGCCGGCAGCUGAAUAUCAAGGUGCGCACGAAGAGGGAGGGCAUCCUGGAGUCGCGGCAGGCCACCAGGACAAUGCAGGCUCUACCCUACAGCACCGUGGGCAACAACUACCUGCAUCUCUCCAUGUCCCGCAAGGAGCUCAGGCCGGGAGAUACCCUCAAUGUCAACUUCCACCUGCGAGUUGAUCCUGGCCUGGACAACAAGAUCAGCCACUACACUUACCUGAUCAUGAACAAGGGGAAGCUGUUGAGGGUAAGUCACCAGGCACGAAAGCACGGUCAGGACUUGGUGGUUCUGCCCUUGACCAUCACCCCGGAUUUCAUCCCUUCCUUCCGCCUGGUGGCCUAUUACACACUGAUAGGCAGCACCAAUCAGAGCCAGGUGGUGGCCGACUCCGUGUGGGUGGACGUCAAGGACUUGUGUAUGGGCACGCUGGUGGUGAAAAGUGGUGGAAAGGAGGAGAAGCACUAUUAUCCAGGGCAGCAGAUGUCCCUCAAGAUAGAGGGUGACCAUGGGGCCCGAGUGGGGCUGGUGGCCGUGGACAAGGGCGUGUUUGUGUUGAACAACAAGCACAAGAUAACUCAAAGCAAGAUCUGGGAUGUGGUAGAGAAGGCAGACAUCGGCUGCACCCCGGGCAGUGGAAAGGACUAUGCUGGUGUCUUCACGGAUGCCGGCCUGGCCUUCCAGACUAACAUGAACCUGCAGACCGCCGAUAGGAAAGAGCUCGAGUGCCCGAAGCCGGCCACCCGCCGACGUCGCUCUGUGCAGCUCACGGAGAAGAGGAUGGACAAAGUGGGUCAGUACAAGGACAAGUUCCUUCGCAAGUGCUGUGAAGGUGGCAUGAGGGAGAACCCGAUGAAGUUCUCAUGCCAGCGCAGGGUCCAGUAUGUCUCGGACACGGGGUGCAAAAAGGCUUUCCUCGACUGCUGCAAUUACAUCACCCAGGAGCGGCUCAAGCAUGACCGGGACAGUCCCCUGGGCCUGGCCAGGAGUGACCUGGAUGAAGACAUAUUCCCAGAAGAAGACUUCAUUUCCCGGAGCCAGUUCCCUGAGAGCUGGCUGUGGAAACUAGAGGAGUUGAAAGAACCAGAGAAAAACGGAAUCUCCACGAAGAUCUUGAAAGUGUUCUUGAAAGACUCCAUCACCACCUGGGAGAUUCUGGCCGUGAGCUUGUCUGACAAGAAAGGGAUCUGCGUGGCAGACCCCUACGAGGUCACGGUGAUGAAGGACUUCUUCAUCGACCUGCGGUUACCUUACUCCGUGGUGCGCAACGAGCAGGUGGAGAUCCGAGCUGUCCUCUACAACUACCGCGAGAAUGACGAGUUCGAGGUGCGCGUGGAAAUGCUCUACAACCCGGCCUUCUGCAGCCUGGCCACGGCCAAGAAGCGCCACCAGCAGAAGGUAAAGGUCCCGCCCAAGUCCUCCCUGCCAGUGCAUUUUGUCAUCGUGCCCCUGACGGUCGGCCUGCAUGAGGUGGAGGUCAAGGCCCUGGUGCCUAUGUUUUACAUCACUGACGGUGUAAAGAAGACCCUGAAGGUCGUGCCAGAAGGAAUGAGAGUCAACAAAACUGUGAUUACGCACACACUGGAUCCAGUUAACCUUGGCCACAGGGGAGAGCAGAAAGUGGAGGUCCAUGCCGCAGAUCUCAGCGAUCAAGUCCCAGAGACGGAGCUGGAGACCAAGAUCCUCCUGCAAGGGACCCCGGUGGCCCAGCUGGUGGAGGACGCCAUUGACGCCGAUCGGCUGAGCCACCUCAUCGUGACGCCCUCGGGCUGCGGGGAGCAGAAUAUGAUUGGCAUGACACCCACGGUCAUCGCUGUGCACUAUCUGGACCAGACAGAGCAGUGGGACAAGUUGGGCCCGGAGAAGCGACAGAAUGCCUUGGAGCUCAUCAAGAAGGGGUACACCCAGCAGCUGGCCUACAGACAGGACAGCUCCGCCUUUGCGAUCUACCCAGACAAGGAACCCAGCACCUGGCUGACCGCCUACGUGGUCAAGGUCUUCUCUCUGGCCGCCAACCUCAUCGCCAUCGACUCCCGGGUCCUCUGUGAGGCGGUCAGAUGGCUGAUCCUGCAGAAGCAGAAGCCAGACGGUGUCUUCCAAGAGGAUGCGCCUGUGGUUAUGCAAACAAUGACUGGUGGCUUGCAGCGUACUGUGGAUCAAGAAGUAACGCUCACGGCCUUUGUUCUCAUCGCACUGCACGAGUCUAAAGAAAUUUGUGAGGGGCCAAUCAGCAGCCUGGAGCGCAGCAUCAAUAAAUCAGGAAACUUCCUUGAGGCCAACUACGUGAAACUGCAGAGACCAUAUGCUGUGGCAAUGGCCGGUUAUGCCCUUGCCAGGUUGGGCAAGCUGCAGGGUCGUCUCCUCAACAAAUUUUUGACCACAGCCACAGAAAAGAACCGCUGGGCGGAGCCCGGCCAGCAACUCUACAAUGUGGAGGCCACAUCCUAUGCCCUCUUGGCCCUGCUACUGCUUGAAGACUUUGAUUUUGUGCCUCGUGUUGUGCGCUGGCUCAAUGAGCAGAGAUACUACGGGGGCGGCUAUGGCUCCACUCAGGCCACCAUCAUGGUUUUCCAGGCCUUGGCCGAGUAUCAGAGAGUUGCUUCUGACCAUGAAGAAUUGAACCUAGAUGUGUCCAUCCAGCUGCCUAGCCGUAACACCGAGGUCAGGCACCGCAUCCUCUGGGAAUCCGCCAGCCUCCUGCGGUCGGAAGAGACUAAGGAAAAUGAGAAUUUCACAUUAAUAGCCAAAGGGAAAGGAAAAGGCACCCUAUCGGUGGUGACUGUUUACUACGCGAAGGCUAAAGCCAAACCCACCUGCAAGAAAUUCUACCUCAAGGUCACCAUACGACCAGCCCCCGAAACAGUCAAGAGGCCUCAGGACGCCAAGAGUACCAUGAUUCUCGACAUCUGUACCAGGUACCUGGGAGAUCAGGAUGCCACCAUGUCCAUCCUGGAUAUAUCCAUGAUGACUGGCUUCUCUCCUGACACUGGCGACCUUGAUCUUCUGAGCAAAGGCGUCGACAAAUACUUCUCUAAGUAUGAGAUAGACAAGGCCCUCUCUAAUAAGAACACUCUCAUCAUCUACCUGGACAAGAUCUCACAUACUGAGGAGGAAUGCCUGUCCUUCAAAGUUCACCAGUUGUUCAAUGUCGGGCUCCUCCAGCCUGGGGCAGUCAAGGUCUAUUCCUAUUACAACCUGGAGGAAUCUUGCACCCAGUUCUAUCACCCAGACAAGGAGGACGGAAUGCUGAGCAAGCUGUGCCACAAGGACAUGUGCCGCUGUGCUGAGGAGAACUGCUUCAUUCACCAGGAGGACAGCAAAGUUACCACAGAUGACCGGCUGGAUAAGGCCUGUGAGCCAGGAGUGGAUUAUGUGUACAAGACCAGGCUGGUCAAGAAGGAGCUGUCCGAUGACUUUGACGACUACAUCAUGGUCAUCGAGCAGAUCAUCAAGUCAGGCACGGAUGAGGUGCGGCAGGGACAGCAGCGCAGGUUCAUCAGCCACAUCAAGUGCAGAGAAGCCCUGAAGCUGAAGGAGGGGAGUCUCUACCUCAUCUGGGGCCUCUCCACCGACCUAUGGGGGGAGAAGCCCAACACCAGCUACAUCAUCGGGAAGGACACCUGGGUGGAGCCGUGGCCCGAGGCCGAGGACUGCCAGGACGAGGAGUACCAGAAGCUCUGCCAGGACCUGGGCACUUUCACUGAGAACAUGAUCGUGUUUGGCUGCCCCAACUGAACCUCUGCCCCCCCCCCCCACCCCCGUACCCCAAUAAAGCUUCAGUUACCUUUA